AUGGCGCACCGCACCUACUUCAUGAUUUGGCAAGCUGUGGCCGUGCUAGUGAGCCUUGUGAGCGGCGACGCAGACUGCUCAAAGUGCUCGUCGAUUGAAGAUUGGAACGAUGAGCGUCUGGAGAGAUGCAAUGUUUGGGGUGACCCACACACCAGUGACAGCUGGAGUGUGAACGGGAGAUUCGACUUCCACGGAGUUGGGGUGUACCGUUACGCACACAUCGAUGCAUGCGGUGGAGGCUUCAAGCUCGAUGCUUUCCAAUGCCAGCACAGGGACUGGAAGCACUCAGCCAUCCUCUUCGUCGGCAUCGAGAUGAACAACGGUGCUAAAGUCUUCGUGAAUGGAACUCAGGUGUCCACUUCUGGCAGCGUCAGCGUCACCGGCACUACGGGUAGCGAUGGGGAGAUGCAGAUGAGCAAUCCAAGGGACGGCGUGAACGUAGUCUCGGACGACUCCUGCAUCCGCAUCAACGUCAAUGCUGUGAACUUGCAUGGUGAUCUCCGUUCCUCCAACAGCUUCAAGGUGAGAGUUCCCCAGGAUGCCAUCAGCGAUGUUGGCAUCUGCGGCGCCCAACAGCAGUGGAAGGAGCACUUAGUGCGCGGAGAAACGGACUUCAUCUUCAACAUCGACCAGUGGCGCUACAUGUGCGGCGCCUGCAGCGCACUAGGUGGGCUGCACCCGCCCAACUGCCCGUCUCCAUACUUCGGCCAGUUUGAUUUGAGCCCCGGUGGAGAGUUCUUGCGGCCCUUCGAGAAGGAGAGCGAGCGGGAGUGCGUUUCUCUGCACGAAGGGGACGUCGUCCACCAGCUGCAGGACGACGGUCAGAACAGCGUGGCCUAUGCGAUUCUCGAGAAGUCCAUGAGCUGCAGGGAGUUCUGCCGCGCUCGCUCGAGCCAGUGCAUCGAUGCGAAGGACAACGUGGACUUUGCCCCCUGCAGCUUCACCGAGAACGUGUCUAAGGCAGACUGCGACUCCACAGAGUACUACGACCUGAACUGCGUGUGCAAGAAGCCAGACAUCUCGUCCCCCGGGCGCGGCGCUUGGGGGGCCUGGAGGGACACUGGUGCUUCGCUAACCUUGUAUUUACGGAUCUGUGGAUAUCAUCAGGGGCUGGCCUUCUGGUGGUCUGGCUUCGCCGCACUGAUUGCGGAUGCCAGUGGUACAGACAGAUGCAAGGAAACGUUGCAGCUGGUGAACCUUGCCAUUUUGACUGGUUGCAAGAACGACGACGAGUGCCGCAUUGACUUCAUCCUCGGUGCCUGCGUAUCGGACGUGUGCAAUGCCGAGCCCAACAACCGUGUGGCGGUCGCCAAGAACGCAGGACACUUUCGACAGCUAG